AUGUCGCAUGUGACGACGCCGACUCCUCAACAUGGCAGUGGGUACGCUUCACCCACCGCACACUCACACACCUCGACACCUGGGCCCUCGAGCUCUGCUAGCUCGAAGCCUCCCCCACCUAAGCCGAAGCCCACCAAUGUAUUUUCUAACGAUGGAUCUUUUCUUGAGAGAUUUCAGCGCAUUCAGAAGGACGAGGAAGAAAAGAAGAAGCAGGAAGAGAUAUUGGCCAGAAAGCGAACGUUUGAUAGUCGGUUUAAACAGAGGGGCAAGCGUCCCUCCCCUGAUUCAUCCGACUCUAAGAGCACUACAAUCGAUUCUCCAGCGAAGAAAGUCAAGACAGACGCGCCCAUGAGUCAGUAUGAGAGAGAAGUCAAGAGUUACGCAGGCCGCAGUCUGAAAGAUGACGGUAUUGGCGUACGCCCUCUUGUAAAAUAG